AUCCCCGAAGCCCUCCGCCCCACUCUUUCUCAAUGUCAACAGCCACCCUCUUCCUCUCCUCACCCCCUCCAUUCUCUCCCCAUUCUCAAAACCCCCCCUUCUCCGUUCGGACCCAACAUCAAACACCUCGCCUGCACUCCCCUCAACUCCCUCCCCAGCCUGACCGAACCCUUGUCCUCUCGCAAUCUCCCCCAAAUCACCCCUCUCUCGAUCUGCAAGUGGUCACUGAUCGUCUCCCUCUCGAUCUCUCUCGCCAAAAGGACAGUCUCCACUGUCCUCAGCCCCUUCUUCUGGACCUACUUCAGCUUCACUUGGGUCUUCUGGCCUUACAUUUUAGCGGUCGCUCUGGCGGUCUUCGGCGUCUACUCCUUUUAUCGCCAUUCGCAAAACCAAUCUUCAGUCCUUCAGCAGUUGGCCAUUGUCACCUCUACAAUCACUUGGCUGACCCUUGUCCCUCCUGCCCAUUUCAAUGGCUUCCUCGAAGGCUGGCCGAUUGCCCUCUUCUUUGUGUACCACUACUUCUUCUUCUUUGAGUCUUCGGUCAGGAAGAGGUUGUAUGGGGACCUUUACCCUCGUGCCCACGACGCCAAAUGGGAUGUUAAGCUCCCCAGAGUGUUCCAAUUUGCGUUCUUCGGGCUUGUUCUGGUGGGUCAUUUCCUUGCGGCUUAUGAAGGGCCGGAAUUGCACUUGAUUUUGGGGGGGUGGGCGAAUUUGGGGACUUGGGCUUUGGUUAUGAUGACAUUGUUUAUGAGGUAUCACUCGGUGUUGUACUUGGCCAAGUAUUCGGAAAAGGUGGUGGUCCCGACUGCGGUUGUGCAGUUCGGACCCUACCGGUGGGUGAGGCACCCAAUUUAUGCAUCGACCAUGCUGCUGUUUGCUCUGCAUUGUAUCACGUUGCGGGCUCCGUUGAGCUUGGGGUUCAUUGUUGCGGUGUGUGUUUGGUAUUACGGGAGGAAGGCGGAGUUGGAGGAGGAGCUGUUGCUGGAGAGUUUUGGGGAGAGGUAUAAAGAGUACAUGGCCAAGGUCAGGUAUAGAUUGAUCCCUCUGUUGUAUUGAUUAGCAUUGAUAUGCAUGUAAGCUAGUGUUCAUGUUUUUUAUGUUGAGGAAUUAAAGUUUUGCUGUGAGAGAGAUGGCGUUUGUUAGCAUGAUUUUGGGUUUUGAGUUUGACUGCUUGGAGAAUGUACAUCAUGACGGUUUGAAGUUUAUGUUAUUUAUUGUACUCUUGAGUGCGAUUGGAUACUAAUUUAGGUAUUUAAUAUAUAAACCCUUUACUUG